AACAAACAAUAACAACAACAUUUCUAUUGACGAUAACGCUCUUUGUCCUGUUGCAUUUGCCAUUCUCAACCUCAUCUAGUCCGACCUAGCGAGUUCCCAUCUCUUCCCUCUCAAAAAAGCAUUGACGACACGGCGGAACUCUUUAACCGAUAUACCUGUGACGAAACAAGCCCUUGCGAUUUCAGCUGAAAAGCCAACAAGACACCUCCCAUAUAACUCGCCGCCUUCUUCCUUCUUGACUAGCUCAACAGAUACAGCGUCUCUCCUGGUUUGCGUCCGCAUUCGCAUCUUUAUCCUCACAAUCCAUACAUCAACCUUCAGCCAUGCAGUUCAAUAUUGAUCCCGAUAUCGUCCCCAAUUUGAAACUGGGUCUUCACUCUUUCCAGAUCAUUAUCUCCCUCGUCGCAUGGUGUUUGCAAAUCGGCGUCUUGAAUGCAAAGGAUGCUGAGGUUACAGGCAAGAACGGCUGGACAUUCGGAGUGUGUUUCCUUUCAGUGCCAGCUUGGAUUUUCCUGAUCAUGACCCCCCGAUGGGGCCGCACUCGACGCUUCGCCCAACCGCAUGCCAUGCUUGCUGUCGACGCUGCUUUCACCAUCAUUUGGUUGUCUGCCUUUGCCACUCAAGCUUCCUACAACGCCGCCGGUCAGUGUGGCACUGCCUGCAGCAUCAGCAAGGGUGUUGUCGGCUGUGGUGUUCUCGUAACCAUCCUCUUUGGCGGGACAACCUUUAUCUCGCUCUACACUCUCAACUACUACAACAACAACAACGUCCUGCCGGGCUACGACAACCGUCAGGUGGGCAGCGACAACAUUGACCCUGACAAGGCUGCUUUCUCCAUGGCUCCUCACGGCGACGAGGCUUACGAGCGAGUCGACAUGGACGAUCAUGAGCCCGCAAGCAGCGCCUACGGUGGUGGUGGCUACAACAACAGCAGCUACAACAGCAACUCCCGCUACGGCGAUGCCAACCCCUACAGCGCCGAUGACGAUGAUCCCGAUCGCUUUGGUGCCCUUCCCCCACGAAACAACACGCUCUUUGAGAACGACACCCAGUACCAUGGUGGCGCCCCUCCCUCUAUGCCAGCCAGCUACGCCAACCCUACAGGCGGUCACCCAUACGAGGAUGUGCCUGCCCAGUUCCCCGCCGCCAACUACGACAGGGGACACUAAAUUUCCCCAAAGACAUGUAAAUGAAAGAAAGGAUAUAGAUUGGCUGCUUUGUUUUUGCGCAACGGUGUUUAUUUUGCUUGGUGUGGAAAUAGCCUGGGAAACGUCUGCGUCUGGAAUGCGGCUCGACCUUUUUCUAUGGUGGACAACGCCUCUAUAUGGAGGAGAGGCGUUUUACGGCGUCAUGAAUUGCGCAGAAAGAGACAAGGGCCAUGUAAGGAAUUGCCUCGGUUUGCAUAUAUGAAGUUGGGCACUUGCACGUACACACAUACCAUACAUUCAAGGCACACAUACUUGUGCUUGUUGUUAUCCUGUAUCUUUUUUGACAGUAUAGAAAGUUCAGUCGUGUAAAUGAGGAUCCUAUAUACGACGUCUUGUGUGUAUCUUUCCCAAGAUGCUCGAGACCAACUCCCAACGCCUUCUGUUCUAAGCCAGUUUUGAUGCUCCGUACUUGAUGAUAUAGCGAUUCAGCCUUUUGAGCUCUCCUCGAAGGCUCUCCUCGAAAGUCCCCCCUCUCUUUCAAAAAAAGUGUCUAAUUCCCUUCCUUUACUCCUGACUCUCCUUUUGCAUCUUGCGAAGUCGCUUGGCGAUGUUCGCGGAUGUUUGCUGCAUAGGGUUCAACUUGCGAUCCCUGGACAUGGCGCCCGUAUCAUCACCGUACUUGGCGACCAGCUUCUCCAACCACUCAAUCUCACGAGCACUCUGGUGUCUCUUCUUGGGCAGAUCAGGCUGCUUGGCCUGCUCGAGGAGCUGCUUGACAACGUCUGUUGUCUCCUCGUCGUCGGCGUUGUCUGCGAUGCCGCCCCACUCUUCAGCAGGCUUGUCCUCGGCGUCGCUGCCCUCGUCAAGGUCGUUGAGAGGAUCGUUGAGAGGGUUGGGCUUGGCGGAGCCGAUGAUGCGGAUGAUCUUGCCGUCAGCGUCGCGCUCGACACGCGCUUCGGAGACGACGGCGUUUUCAAUCGUGGCGAUGGCGAAGGGAUCGUUGGCGUAGGCGCUGGUUGUGG